AUGCCGAGAAUAAUUGACAAGCUUUGUUGGCCAAUUUCUUUCGGAGGCGGAACGGAGGCUACGCUGGAAUACCUAUCUUACCCAGAAUUGACAUUCCGCUUCCGCCUCCGUGGAGGUUCCGACGUUAUUAAAUGCGACGAAGGUCAAGGAUGUGCUAUUGCUUAUUACGUUACCACGCAAAGCAUACCUCUUAAGCGGCUGACGGGUAAGACCCCGAUGCAUCCGUUCCUCGGUAUUCCUUCCUCCGAAGAAUUUUCCCCUUUGUUGAUGAGCGUUGCCUCUCAAUGCGAUUUGCCGUUCUAUGCGAUGAGGAGUGGAAGAAUGGAUAGCAUCUUUAGUCAUACUCUGGCUGUGCCGUCUGCUUCACAUGGAGGCCAACUCAUGCGUGUUGCAACUUCCAUGGUAUAUAUAUUAUGUUCUUAUUUCUACCUACUCCGGCUUAGACAAAAGAUUUUUUUUGUAGACUGUUGCAAGAAGCCCAGGGCUCGGUACGGAGGAAAGGAAUUUGAAGAAUCCAGCAAUAUAAUUUUAGUUUGUCGACAUAUUUCUACCAAAGAUAGCGGCUCCUAG